AUGAGUUUACAGUCAGUUCAUGCGGGUAAUUCAGUCAAGAUACGAAACGAUAAACCUAAGAGUAAAACUCAAUCAAAAAAUCUCUCGAAAGCUAAAGGCAAAAAAUAUACCUUAAAUGACUUAGACGACCUGAUAGGUAUCAACAAGGGGAAUAAGCAAGAAAAUUUGAGCAUGCUUCCAGAUGAGGAGGACAUAGAAAUGACCGAAGCAAAACCAGAAGAGUGUGCUCCUUCAAUGUUGCACCUUGUCAAUGAUAUAAAAGUGUGUGAAAAUCUCAAUACACAUGUUAAUAACAGGCAGGCGACCACGUUGGACACCGCUAUUAAUGACACAAUAAAAACAAAGCGGCCAACUAUGUUCAUUGUAGAUACUAACUUUAUAUUGUCGCAUCUCACUAUAUUGGAAGACAUCAGAAAACUUUUCUCAAAAUUUUAUCAUUCAAUAGUCAUUCCAAUUACAGUAAUGAAGGAAUUGGAUGGGCUCAAGAACUCUAACAAGGUAAACGAAAUCGAACCAGGUGCUACACGAAAGAAACAAAGUUCUAUCGGAGAACUUGCGAGAACUGCAAACAAUUGGAUUUACGAAAAUCUUGCAAAUGUAGGCUCUGGCGUGGUGGGACAAAAAUUGAGACAAAGAUUGAACCCAAAUACUACAAAAGAUGACUCUAUUCUAGAUUGCUGUCUAUACUUCAAGGAUAAUCUGAAAGACUUCGUUAUUUUACUUUCAAAUGACAAAAAUUUAUGUCUAAAAGCUUUAACAGAGGACGUUUUGACUGUAUCUUAUAGAGAAGGAAUGACCGGUGGUCUUAUUGCGGAGAAGGUUUAUCAAGAAAAUAUGCUAAGACUUGGAGCUCAAGAUGGAUAUUCAAACUAUCAAGGGUCAUUGAAUAACGACCAAUCAGUAUCACAGGAAAAUAUUAUUCAAUCAAACAUUAAUUUUCAAGAACUGUCUGAGUAUAUUUUUAGUGAAGUUAGGAAUAUCUUACAGAAGGCGAUUACUUACGUAAUAACUCAAGAGUACGGUGAAGAUACCGAACUUAUUGGAUUUGAAGCUGAUCAUCUUUUGACUUUUGAAAGUAUCUGUGAUUGUCUGUAUGAAUAUUGGGUGUCGGUCUUCUCAGAAUAUUUUAGACAGAGUAAAUUAAAGAAACAUGACUGGAAAGAUAUCCCCCAAUCCUUGGUUUCGAUUCCACAUGAUAAAGCAGCUUUAUUAAAUUUUACAGAAUUUUGGCGAGAGAUACUGGAACAUCUUUUCAUAAAGAGAAGUGCCCAAGAAAACGAACAGAUGGAAUCAUGUUUUCAACAAUGGGGAUAUUUAAUUAGUAACAUAUAA